AUGGACCAGGAAGAGUAUGGUGUAGACCCUUUCUCAAGUGAGGGCCUGUGGAGGCUUUCCAAGUUUACCUUGGAGGCUUUGCCGUCAUUGGACAUCUUUGCAUGGAAUGCAGAGUUACCUGAUCAGAAUCGAGAGCUCCCACAGAGUGCUUUUGGAUUGUUUGAGCAGGAUUUCUCUACUCUACCCCAGCUGGACGUUCUCGACGGCAACAUCUUAUUACCGGGCCAGUUGCUAGAGUCGGUGACAGAUACCUUCAGCGACACCGAAAUCGACGAGAUUCUCGACAGUCAGGACGAUGACAGGUCUGAUGCGAACUCAAGCACCAUCUGGAAACUAGAAAGCUUGGAUUUGGACCUAAUCACUGAGGUCCCGUUAAGAUCAUGGGAGCGUUUCCAUGAUCGAUCUUCUCGCGAACCCCCAUCCGCCUAUUUCAGUGAGUCAGGCGCAAAUGGAUUCGAUGCAGCACUGUUGCGCCAGGCCAAUAGCGACGGACAUAAGGAGUCGGGACGUAUUGCUCGAAAUGACGUAUUCUUUCACGCCAUGUUCAGGCUGGGACUCGGUUGGAGCUCCAUAUUCUUUCGUUACAAUAGACAACAAAGGAAAUUCGAAAGAGUAUCAGGCGGCAUCCGUAUCUCUGGGGUUAGUCUUACCGCUAUAAACAGUGUGGUCGAGCAAUUGCUCCAAUGCGGAACGGAUAUGCAAAGAAUCCGGGAGUUUGCACGUCGCACUCGUGUCAAGUCGAGAGAGUUCUCUGCUCGAUCUGCUUUUUCUAGCACUAUAGCUGCGAUUGUCUACACGCUCGAAAAGCGGUUGAGCGGCUACUCCAGGGGUAUCUCAUCCCUUCUUCAGAUAACGUCUCUUUUUGAGCGAUGCGGUGAACUUGUUCAUGCCCUAGCGACGAUUGUUGAAGCAGUCGAGAAGGCUGUGUCGGAUGCCCAAGUGAUUUCGGUUAUCAUCAAGAAAGCGGCUCAUUUUGCUCAGACCUUGAGCUCCAUGGAGAAUCUCUUCCGAGAAAUUGUUGCACGCGCAAUCACACCUUGGCUUCAUUAUGUAGAAGCCUGGGUUGGCCUUCGCGCGGAAACACCAGGACUCUUCGAGGCUACUGGGAAUAGUGCGGGCUUUGUGGUAACAGAGCGCCGCGAUGGCCGAAGUACCUCGAAAAGAUCGAGAACAACAACUGUAGAUUAUCGCUAUCAUCCCGACCAAAUGCCAUCUUUCAUUCCAGAAGACCAAGCACAAUUGAUCUUCGAGAGCGGACGAGGUUUGCGAUUACUCCGGCGCUAUCAUCCACAACAUCCAGUCGCGAGUGGCACGCCUCUUCGCAAAGAUCGCCGGCCGGCGUUGAGCUGCGCAGGGACUUGGUCUGACAUUGAGAGGAUCCAGAAGAAGGCACAGUUUUACGAGGCCGAACUCCGCUCAGAAAUUCUCAAAUACACUCGCGGCCAAACCACAGACAACGCGCUCGCAGCAUCGCAUGCCCAGAAGAGCGACUCUGCGGUUGAGGACCGAAAUGGGCCUGAGAAUUAUGAGAUGUUUGACAUUGACGACUCAAGAAAUACAACCGGGCUACUCACACAGCACUCGACUUUAAAUUGCGACGAACUUGUGCCACUACUCAAUACAGCUCAACCGCAAAAAUCGGAAUCUCUCGAAUCGCGCAGAAGCAAAUUUGGACCUGAGAUGAUAUCGGCCAUCUACUUGUCUCUGGCACCUCUACUAUCUUCGCAAGCUCUACUCAUCGACUUUUCCUGCCUCCACUUAUUAUUCAAGGAACACAGGUUGAGGUAUCACCUGACCCUGCAAUGGCGCUUUCAACUCCUUGGUGACGGACACUUCACAUCGCGGCUCUCGCACUCACUUUUUGAUCCCGAGAUGGAAAGCGGCGAGCGCAGAUCAGGCGUUGUGCGAAGUGGUGUGCACACUGGAUUGCGUCUGGGAAGUCGUGAUACAUGGCCUCCUGCAAGCUCUGAAUUGCGGUUGGUGCUCAUGGGUCUUCUCAGUGACUGUAAUAUGGACGAACGCUUGGACAAUUCAGGCAAUGUUGAGUUUCUGAAGGAAAGGGAACUUCCUGGUGGUUUAAGUUUCGCGAUUCGCGAUUUGACCGACGAGGAAAUUACCAAGUGCAAAGACCCAAACGCCAUAGAAGCGCUUGAUUUCCUCCGUCUCCAGUAUAAGCCGUCUGCUGUCCUGGAGACAAUAAUCACACAACGCUCUCUCACUCAAUAUGACCGUCUUUUCAAGCACCUACUGCGUCUGAUUCGCAUGGUUUCGGUUGUCAAAGGCCUGAUUCGCGACUCGACUGCAAGAAGCUCUCUGUCUGGUGAUACACGGAACCUGUUUCAGAGAUUCCGCAUAGAUUGCCAACAUUUUAUUCUUACCCUGAGUGAUUACUCCUUCCACAUCGGCGUCGGUGCUACAUGGCGAAGGUUCCAGGAAACUCUUUCGAGAACAGAAGAAUGCCUUGAGCAUAGUGAUAUAGAUGGCACGAUUGAGGCAGCCCACUCGGUUUCCAGAUUGAGACGUUACCAUGAGGACACUCUUGACCAGAUCCUCUUUGCGCUAUUCCUGAGCAAAAGACACGCCGAAGUUGCCAAGCUGCUUGAAAGGAUCUUCGGUACAAUUCUGACAUUUGCUCCGCUUUCCCAGAUGGAUGGGGCAAAUGGCGUUCGCCAUGACAAUGACGCUACAGUAGCCCAACUAUACGGCAGUUUUCGAAAGCAGACGUCUGCGUUUGUCAAUUUCUUGCGUGGUGUGGAUGGCGGAAAAGUGUCAUCAAGAUCAUUCGACAGUUCAAGCACGGCAUUUGCUUCAAGGGCAUCACCGACAAGUGUCUUCGACCAUCUCCUGGCGCGGCUGGACAUGAAGCGGUACUACUAA